UAAAGAUAAUCAAGAAUACAUGUGUGUGAAACCAGCGUCGUAUUUGUUAAAAACAUAAAGAAAGAUGCAGAGCCUGUCCAGAUCACAAAGACCAAGCCAGGUUGACAUGGGAUCCCACUGACACAGGAAAGGUUUGCACUUUUCAGCCAGCUGACGAUCACUACACGUCAACAUGUCUCAUCGGGGGCCUUUAACUGCUGUCCUAACAACAGUACUAGGGGCAACCGUAGGAGGGCUGCUCAUAUGGCGAGUUUACCGAACAAAGAGGAAGCGGCUGCCUUCCGUUCAGAAGGUGGCUGAUCCUGUGGAGGCUCCAUGUCCAGUGGAAAAGGACUUUUCAACUGUGGAGCAUCAACAUACCCAACCGCCACUUGUUUUGCAGAAGGAGUUUAAGGCUGUGGAGUGUCAGACCACACAGCUGCCCCCUCCCGUACAGAUACCAUCUUCAGAGAAGCUGCUGGAGGUGAAACCAGUGAUGGUGAGCUGUGAAGAGGAAUGGCAGCAGCUGUGGCCACUAAUGCAAAAGGACCUGUCAGUCUUCCCUGUGCUGGGGCUUGACUGUGAAUGGGUAAAGACCAAAGCCGUGUCUGUGAAAGGACGUACGUCUGCGGUUUCCCUGCUGCAGAUGGCCACAUAUUCAGGUCUUUGUGUUCUGGUGAGGCUGCUGGGGUUUCGCAAUGGCCAGCAGCCGUUCCCUCUCAGCUUAAUGGAAGUCCUCCGAGACCCACACAUUAUGAAAGUUGGCGUCGGCUGCUAUGAAGACGGCAAGCGUCUGACACGUGACUACGGUCUGUCGAUGACCUGCACAGUUGACCUGCGUUACCUUGCUUUAAGACAAAGGCAAACUACAGUGAAUAAUGGCCUCAGUCUGAAGUCUCUGGCAGAAGAUCUGUUGAAUGUAUCUCUGGAUAAAUCUCUGGAGCUGCGCUGCAGUGACUGGGAGGCAGAUCAACUGACGCUACAGCAGAUGACUUAUGCAGCCAGAGAUGCCCAAGUUUCCAUCGUUCUCUUCCUCCAUCUCCUCGGCCUCCACGCCGGAGCUGGUCCCGAAUCUUCCAGCGGGAGCUCUUACUCAGAGUUGGCCGCCCGCUGCCAGGGCCUAGUGGACGUGCCCUUCAGGGGCCGAGGAGACGGAGACGCAGGGGCCUCUGACGGCGAGAGGAGGCGAAGGACGCGGAAAACGCCUACUUAUGAAAGCCCGGAGUCUGGAGAUCAACAAGUCCCAGACCCUCGAAAGAAUAACAAGAGGAAACCGCUUGGUGUGGGCUAUUCUGCCAGGAAGUCUCCUCUCUAUGAUAACUGCUUCCUGCAUGCUCCUGAUGGCCAGCCUCUGUGUACCUGUGACAAGAAGAAAGCCAAAUGGUACCUAGAUAAAGGAAUAGGAGUGCUCCAGAGUGAAGAGCCUUUUGUAGUGAGGCUGCUGUUCGAGCCGUCGGGGCGCCCCGACUCCCAACAGGACUAUUAUCUCACUGCGAAGGAGAACCUCUGCGUGGUCUGCGGCAAAGCAGAUUCCUACAUCAGGAAAAACAUUGUGCCGCAUGAGUACAGGCGGCAUUUUCCCACCGAGAUGAAGGACCACAACUCCCACGACAUCCUGCUGCUCUGCACCAGCUGCCACGCCGCCUCCAACGUGCACGACAGUUUCUUGAAGCAGCAGCUGGCUGAAGAGUUCGCCGCCCCUCAGGGCUGCGAGGAGGGAGUUCGCCUGCUGGAGGACUCGGACCGGCGGCGGGUGCGUUCGGCGGCCCGGGCUCUGAUCACAGCCGGGGAAGGAUUGCCGGAGCAGCGACGAGAAGAGCUGCUGACGCUGAUCAAGAGCUUCCUCGACACGAACGAGGAGCAGGAGCUGACGGACGAGGCCCUGCAGCAGGCCGCCGGCUUGGAGACCAGGAUUUUCAACGAGGCGUACGUGCCUCACGGUCUCAAGGUGGUGCGAGCCAGCGCCGACCGCGGCCUGCGGGGCCUGAUGGACCUGGAGCGCCGCUGGAGGCAGCACUUUCUCACCGCCAUGCAGCCUCGCCACCUCCCCCCUCUCUGGGCCGUAGACCACAACCACAGCAAGUACCUCCGCAAAUACGGAGAGGACCUGCCCAUUAAUCUCAACUGACCAACUACUAGCUACUGACCCGGACGGGAACUGAAUCUUCUCACUGAAACGGCUGAAUUUGAAACUUCCACAGUUGCUUUGUGAACUUUAAACGCCAAAAUCGCUUUAUUUAAUGAGCGGAUGACUGAACUAAUCCACCAGCCGAGACUGAAAUGUUACCAGCAUGUUCAACUUCCCACGAUGACUUGUGUGUGUUUGUAAAUACACUCGAUCUGCGAUGGACAUUGGACGAAGUUUCACUCGAAUUUCUGGUGACAAGUGGACCUGAGUGCCAGUGAGCUGCUGCUUUGUUGAAUGAACUGAAUGAACUUUAAGCAGAUACUCCCGAAUGGAACUAAAUCAGCACUGAAUCUGAAAAACACUAACAAGUGAUUGCAUAUGGACACUUUUUUAUCAUGAAAAAUGUAUAAUUAUUUAUGAAAAACUUAAAACUAUUGAAAUUUAUGACCUGAUUUUUAGAAGAAGCUGCAGCCUGCUCUUAAUUUCCCCAUUAAAUUGAUUUAACUCCCCCUGUCCCCCUUGCAGGUUCGCAGCUAUCAGAAUAAUGUUGCUUUGCAGAGAGAGGGUCAUUUUAAUAUGACCUGAAGUUAAACAGCUCUCCACCCGGCUUUUGUUUUCAGUCUGUUGUCUGUUUUAAGUCAAUAGAUGAAAGUUUCCUAGAAGCAUCUUGAAAUCAAAUCUCAUCUUUUGGAGGUUAUUAAAUAGAUGAGUUUUGGUCUGGAGCUGCCUGUGGGGCGUGAAUGUGAGUUUGUUUUUUUGCGGUGGGGGAGAUAAAUGCUAACCACAGUGAAGUUGGCUCGUUUGCUCGAUCAUUGAUGUUGCUGUCCUGCUGCUGAUCCUCCUGAUGGUUGGGACAUCUUCCUGGCUCAUGUUUUAAUGCGCCUCUUAAUCCCCAAACCUGACUGGAGGCUCGUCGCCGCAUCAGGACGUGACCUCGUUUCAAUUUUACAGCCGUUUCACCAUGACGUCGUACAGAAUCCAAACUGCACAGUGAAGAAAAGGUGCCAACUCUUAUGCGAUUUAUCAAAUUACCUUCAAACUUAAUUCCCUUCUCUGCGAGGCAGACUUAUCCUUCAAACGUUAAUUUACAAUGCAGCUGCUUUUGUCUUUAGUUGUAUUUUUCUGGAUGUAAGCCCUGACUGAAGCUGUUUGUUUCUCUGAUUUGUGAAUGAUACAAAAAUAAAGUAAUGUUUGUAUUAA